GCUUGAAUUUUUUAGAAAAGGGGGGGGGCCCUGCCCCGCUGGCGCGGCUUUAGCCACCGGGGGGGUUCGGUGCGCGGCUGACGGCCGCCGGGUCCCGCCGCCACCGCUCGUCCCUCCCCGCCUCCGCGGCCCCCGGGGCGCCCAUCGCCGGCGAGAGGCGGCAGCCGGCCCCGGGAGGGGACAGCCAGCCGGGACGCCGAGCCCGACAACCGGCGGAGCGCGUUUCCCUCGCUUGGCAAGGCAGAGCCCCGCAGGCGGCGGGCGGGGAGGAUCGUCUCGGCUCCGCUCGGCUCGGCUCGGUCGGCGCUGACGGCGGGGGAUCGGCCGUGCCGCAAAGCCAUGCCCGCCGCCCGACGGUGGCGGCUGCCCGCCCUCCUCCUCCUGCUCCUCAGCUGCCGCGUCGCUGCCGAGGGCGACGGCUCCCUGCGCCCGCCGGGGCCGGGCAGGCAGAACCCUCCGGCUCCGGGCAAGCAGAGCCCGGCGGCGGCGGCCGACGCCGUCCCCGCGACGGCCGGGACCCAGGGGCUGCGGGGGUCCGAGCCCAACGCCUCCCGCCCGGCAGCGCUGCCCAAGGGAGGCGGGGGGGCGGCCGGCGGGCGGCCGCGCUCGGCUUCGCCCCCCAUGUGCACGGGGCAGCCGGAGAUCAAGGAGACUUUCAAGUACAUCAACACGGUGGUGUCCUGCCUGGUCUUCGUCCUGGGCAUCAUCGGCAACUCCACGCUGCUGCGGAUCAUCUACAAGAACAAGUGCAUGAGGAACGGCCCCAACAUCCUCAUCGCCAGCCUGGCCCUGGGCGACCUGCUUCACAUCAUCAUCGACAUCCCCAUCAACGUCUACAAGCUGCUUGCAGAGGACUGGCCUUUUGGUGUCGAAAUGUGCAAAUUAGUACCCUUCAUUCAAAAGGCAUCAGUGGGCAUCACAGUGUUGAGUUUGUGUGCCCUCAGUAUAGACAGGUACCGAGCAGUUGCUUCUUGGAGUCGCAUUAAAGGAAUCGGAGUGCCGAAGUGGACUGCUGUUGAAAUUGUACUGAUCUGGGUUGUAUCGGUGAUAUUGGCUGUUCCAGAAGCUAUCGCAUUUGACAUGAUUACGAUGGAGUACAAAGGAAAGGAGCUUAGAAUCUGCCUGCUUCACCCCACGCAGAAAACAUCCUUUAUGAUGUUUUACAAGCAAGCUAAAGACUGGUGGCUGUUUAGCUUUUACUUCUGUUUGCCACUGGCUAUCACAGCAUUUUUCUAUACUCUCAUGACCUGCGAGAUGUUACGAAAGAAAAGUGGCAUGCAGAUUGCUUUAAACGACCACUUAAAACAGAGACGUGAGGUGGCCAAAACUGUGUUCUGUCUAGUACUUGUUUUUGCCUUGUGUUGGCUCCCACUUCACUUAAGCAGAAUAUUGAAACUCACUAUUUACGAUCAGAAGGACCCCAACAGAUGUGAACUUUUAAGCUUUUUUCUUGUGAUGGACUACAUCGGAAUUAACAUGGCUUCACUGAAUUCCUGCAUCAAUCCAAUAGCUCUGUAUUUGGUGAGCAAAAGAUUCCAAAACUGCUUUAAGUCAUGCUUGUGUUGCUGGUGCCAAUCCAAAGAUCUGUUGUCCCUGGAGGAAAGGCAGUCCUGUUUAAAGUUCAAAGCUAAUGAUCACGGAUAUGACAACUUCCGCUCCAGUAACAAGUACAGCUCUUCAUAAAACAAGCAUAAAAGAACAUGAAGAAAAGCAUAGAAGGAACAAGCACUUGAAUGAAUACUUCUGAAUCAGCACUUCCAAAUGAUCCCUGCUUCCUGUACAUUAAACGAUCAUUUGUAUUCACUAUAACAGUUGUAGGAACUGAAAUCACAGUAAUUACUAAGCAGUAUAACAUAACAUUAAUUGGAUCAAAGCCAUUAUUAUAUAUAGCUCAAUAUAUUAUCUUUUAUAAAGCAGAUUAACCACCAUCACUAUUGUGGGGGUUUUUUUAAAUAAAACAUGAAGUACUUUGUAAUAGAAGUUUAAAUGUAAAAAAGUAGCAUUUUUAUCAGAGGUGUUGUAGAGGUAGCUAAUGAAAAUAUUAAAGGAUGCAGUCAAGUCAAAAGUGCAUAUCACUCUGAUGAUUAUUUUUAUCUGUUAUUGUUAGAAGGAACCUCCCAAGGUCUCUAUAGAUACCAUUUUGUAACCACUUUGUGUGUUCAACGCAUUUGGCAGGACUUUGGGUAUGGUCCGUUUCCCUGUUUCCACGUUAUUCGUGUUUCAUGACAGCGGAGGUGAGAAAAACACAGCAAAAGCAAAAAUUAAUACUCCUAGAACUAUACUAACAAUGGCUAGUAUUGGAAACCAGCUAUUUUUAACUGAAAACAAAUUGUUUGCAUCCCAUGUCACCUGUGGGCAUUGAAGAGCCUGAUGGUUCUUUACUCAAGAACCUGCGACAAUUUACAACUGUUCUUGCAAUCCAAAUACUGUCUUGGGGCAAAAUUCUUUAGAAAUAGCAGGUGGAAAAAAACUGUAACCAAGGAAAAGAGAGGGAGAAUUUGAACUUCUAUAUUAAUUUAGAUUGAAAUCUUCAUAAAGAAAGUAAUUGACAAAUUGUACUUCUAGAGAACAGUACUGUGUAGCACACUUGUCUUCAUACUAUUUUAAAAUACGUUCUACUUCUGUGGUUCCAUACUUAUGGGCUUAAGAAGAUGUGUGAUUAGUUUCUGCUUCUGUAAAUAGUUUAGCGAAGCAUAAUUAAUUAUAAAGUAUUAAAAUAUGGGCAGGACCCUGUGAGAAAACAGAAAAAUAAAGAUGCCUGUAGUAAACAUGAUGUGUGUUGCCGGGAGCAAUGCACGUUUUAUACAUACAUGACAGGUCAUUCUUUGGCUUUUCAUUUCCUAUUAAUUUGUUACAGAUGUCCCCAAAGACUUAUUAACAUAUUUUGUGCACUAGGGCAUGAGCUUUUCAAGAAAAAAAAGUCAUAUAACAUGCCUUUAUAAAAGACAUGUUUUCAAUAGGCACGGUAUUUUAUUAUAAUAAAAAUAUUUAUCAAAACUCAGGAAUUCAAUUUUUUUUUAAUUUCCAAAUUUCACACGUAAGGGUUUUUACCUUUUUUUUCCAGUGUUGGUUAACUUCAGAUUUUUUCAUAAAGUGCCUUAAAUAUGCUCAGGAUGAAAACAGUUUUCAUCAAAACGUUGGGCUGAUGUUACUUUAGGUGAGUUUCAUCUCAUCUGGACUUUAGGUAGCUACAGCUACCUUGCAGACAGCUCAAAACAGGAGAGGUGAACCCCGUUCCUGGUGUUGCCCCACCAAAAGCUAGUAAGCAUAUGCUUGUAUAAUCAAGCUGAGGACCCUAAGCACAUGCAUUUGAGCAUGGGCACGUGUGUGUUUGCGUGUGUGAGUAUGCGUGCAAGUGUGUAUGUCUACCAUUAGGCCGCUGUUACCAUCCUUCUGCAGCACGUGCACCCAACCACUAUGAUGCUGAAACUUUUUAUAAGUAGAAGUCUACUUAAAAGUUUUCUUCUUUCCGUUUUUACCUUAACUUUCAUGGUAACUUUCUCACGGUAAGCCAUGAAUAUCACUUCACUUCACUCUGCCUGCCUCUUAUUUCUGUGAAAUGCGUUUCGUCUGUUAAGGAUGGAUAAUCAGUUAAAUCCUAAGUUUGAUACUGAUCAGUGUUAUUUUCAUCAAGUUAUAUCAUUACAAUAUUGUACAUGUAUAUUAUUGUUAUUUUUAUUUAAAAUAUAGCUGUUGUAUUGGCAAAUGUGUAACAUAUUUUUUCAUUAUUUUCCUGGACUAAUUCUUUGUUCAGACAAGUCCUGCUAAGUCAGACAUGUAGGUUUUGCAAACAAGGACGAUAUAUACUGCCCACUUUUUGGAGUUAAUAUAUAGGUAUUAGUACACUUCUUGUCUUUUUUGCAGUAUUUCUCAAAGCAGGAUUUUUACUGAAGCUCUCAUUUCCUGUAAUAAAAAUUUGCAAAAGUCCUGCUCUUGGGCAGUUAAAAAAAUACACAGGAGAGCUCCAGUGCAUCUGUGUUCUAGCUAAGGUUAAAUCUUUUAAUACUGAAGACGGGUGUUUUCUAAAGUCCUCCGUAAAAGUCUAUUCCUCCAUCCACUGAAAUCAAUGAAUGUUUAAUCAUUCAAUUCAGUAGCAGGACAACGGCAGAGAGGCACAUGCUUCUUUAUAGGAGUUUGAUGUGCUUGUCCAGAGUGGUGUGACAGAGCGAGGGUCAUCUGUCCCAACAGCCUGAAGAGCUGACACAGAAUGGCUUGAGACGAAGAAAAGAACCUUGUAAGACACUACGUCGCAUCUCUGUGUUUUGGCCUUCAGGUAGUAGCUAGAUUUUACUUCCCCAGUAAGUAUUUGCUUCCCCCAGCUCUGAAUUCUGCCUGCACGCAGCCUUCUUGGAGUUACGAGGACGUUUCAGGCUGGGUGGACUGAACUGAUAACACUGGUACUACACCUCAGAGAACCAAAGGCAAAAGUUUGAUGGUUUUGGAGCAUCUGCUGUGAGCUGUGGCAUUUCACUGUCCAGAGCAGCUCUUAAUCAACACACAGUUGACUUGGCAAGAGACUGUUGUAUGUACUGAAAUAACGUUAAAAGGAUUUUUUGCAAUUGUUCUGUAUAGCUGUGUAAAAUAAUUCUGUAUUUCAUUUUCUGUGGUCAAUUGAAUUAGCAACUUCUGCAGUUCAGGCAGUGUAAACAUACUAAAUCACCAAUAAAAUAUUUGUAAUUUUGAUU